AUGGAGCUGAGGCUGGUGAACGGCAUGGUGCUGAAGGUGCAACUGGAAGAGAUGGCGGGCGGCGUGGGGGAGCGCGUGGCGGCGUUGGAAACGAAGCUGAGGGAGCAAGGUGACGCCAUGGCUGCUUUGAAGCGACGGCGGCGCACUCGGAUGCACGUCGAGCUGGCGCUCGCGGCGCUGAAGGACGGCCGCGCGGAGAAGAACCUCGACGAGCGCAAGGAGGCCAGCGCGGGGGAGCAUGCGAGGGCGGAGAGGCGCGAGAAAAAGAGGCGGAAGAGGGACGACGCGGAGGCGGGGAAGGAGGUGGAGAUGGCGGACUCUCCUUCCGUUGUGCGCCCUCUUAUUGCCCUUGGUGGUGCGCCUGAAGGAAAGGGGGAUGCGGCGGAAAGGGAGGGAGACGAGCUGGAGGAGGAAAAUGAUGAAGAGGAGGAAUUAUGA